GUGCGGGUAAAUCGUUUUAUUGCGAAGGAGCUGCGACUUUGACCGGAAGCUGAUUUGCGGCAUGCGCUAGUCCAUCCUCGCUCGCGCGAAAAAUGGCGGAAAUGUGUGCAGCUUUACCGACGUCCAAUCGAGGUGUUGUGGGGUAAACCUCGAACCCUGGAUUAUUUCUCGGUGGUGCCACUGAGAUGACCUCCGACAACGGUAUGCAAAAAGGAGACACUGAUGACGACACCAUGCACAACCAAGAUGCCCACCAAGAACAGCCCCACAAGCCGUCGUUCCAGUGCAGCCGUUGUCCACUCGAGUUCACGUCCGAGGUCUUCCUACUGGAACAUCUCGGUCACGUCCACGGCGAUGGUCCAGAUUUUAAUAACCAUGCCAAGAAAGACUUUCCCAAAAACACCCCGGAAAGCUCACAUGACAUUCUUAAAACCGAUCCCCGUGAUAACCACCUCGAAGAUGACGAUGAGAAUUUGACAGCUGAUAUAACCAAAAAGCCAGAGACUGAAAUAAUGGCCGUGUCAGCCAACCAUCAUGGUGAAGAAACAAAAGAUGAUGAAGAGGAACAUUCGAUUUCUACCUCAAGAGUGACUCUUAACUUGUCCAGAGAUUUGAAGACCUAUAAGAAACCAGUACAAACCUCCACUGCCAGCAAGUAUUUCACUGUCGCCGAUAACCAACCAGACAGUGAACCAGAAGACCAAUCAAAGGACCAGUCAGAUAACGAGUCAAACGACCUUGCUCCUGCCAUCAUCGACAUAUCUCACAAACAUACUUACUUGCAGGAAGACAGCCUCUAUCUUGGCCUGAUGCGCCCUAUUAUCCAAACACCCCCGCCGAAGGGCAAGAAAACAUCCAACGCGGACAAGACGACUCCGGAAGCGACAGACAAGAAGGAGUUGUCCUUUGAAGUAAGUGAAGAUGACGAAGACAAGAAUGUCAGUCCGCCCACCUACAGCUGUAAGCACUGUAACCACAAAGACGGCAGCCUCAAACACUUGUCUUUCCAUUACCACCAAAGCCACCCGUACGUGCGCUCCGACUCCGACUACAUCCGAGACGAGAACGAUCGGAGUGCCACCUUCCGCUGUCUGGUAUGCCCCGUCGAGUUCCCGAAGGAAAAUGACCUGAGGAGCCACUAUGGCGACAAGCAUGCGGGCUCCCUAGAUAUUUUCAACCUGGGAAUAGAGGGCAUCGACUUAGCGUAUAAAUGUUUCACCUGUACGUUUAGCACUAACGCUUUGGAGACGCUUAAAGAACACUACAAAGACAGGCACCCCGCAGCCAGCGCGCCAAAUCCGUUGAUGUUCCUCAAGUACGUGUCGGCUCCGUGCCGAGAAGACCCGUCACCCGUCAAGACCCCCGCUUUAGAAAACCCAGAGCCCAACAUAGCUUUGUACCAAUGCAACAGAUGCCCGUUUCGUCACAGGUCGGUCAUCGUCGUACAAGUCCACUACCAGAAAAAUCAUCCGGAAGAAAGCGUCACCAUCGACAAGAUAAAACGACAGGCCGCCGUCGCGCAGAGUAAAAGGCCGCAAUGUCUGAACUCUGAAGCGCAAACGGAAACCAAGGAGCAAGUCCACGUCCUUGAAGCUCAGCCGGAGUUGUCCGUGUCUGAAAAAGUUGGCGAAAGCUCCGAAGCUCAAAUGAAAUGCGCCGAAAAGGUCACAGGAGACAAGAUGACGUCGUCUAUACACGGAGAAGUCAAAGGAACGUCCGAAGCGCUGACAAAAAACAAGGACAAAGUCCUCGAAACUUCUUCACCUGAGAAAGUCAGAAAACGUUCCAAUGUUGUCAUGAAAAGUAAGAAAGUUAAACUCUUCAAAGCUAAGUCUGAAUCUGUCCUACCCGAGAAAGUCGAUUCUCCGGCGGAGCGAAACAACGGCGUUGACCCGGAACAAACGCAUCAUCAAGCCGAGGAUCUCGUCCAGAACGGUCUGGCCGGAACAACCUCGCGCGAUUCCAAUGGGUCUAAAUUGGAAGAACUGACACCAAAGUGCAAAUCGUCAACGUCAAACCUUUACGCACGUCCUGAGAAUUUAUUUUUCUGCUAUAAGUGCAACUACGGGAAUCCCAGCAUCAAAGGAGUCAUGGUCCACCAGUUCCGAACACACGAUAAACUCCGGGCCACCAGCGAAGCCAUCGUGACUUACACCACCAAGCUUCUCAAUAGUUUGGAAAAAUCGGUAGCGCAAGCCGAGAAUCAGUCCUUUUCCCCCUUGCUGCCUCUUCCCAUCUUGAACAAGGGUGACGAGCACACCUUUUUCUGCCACUUCUGCCACUACCGACGGAGUACCGUCUCCAAGGUGGUCCAGCACUAUGCCAAGAGACACAAUGGCUGCGUAGCCACGCCCAAACAGAUCCAAUCGUACACGUUUCGGACUCUCGAGCUGUUACAGAGGACGGACGCCGGCGAGGGGCGGCAACCCAAAAAGUUCAAACAACCGGCUCCCCAGAAACAGAGCCUCCAGUGCAAGAGCUGCCUUUACAAGACGCACAACCCGAACCUUUUCCGACUGCACGUACGCAAGUGCCAGCGAGGGAAUCACUCCAGUUCGGGCGUUUUAAAAGUCUACCUCAAGCAAGCCAACGUACAAGCCGGCUACCAGUGCGAUUUGUGUACGUUCUCCCACAAGAAAUCCAGUGUGCUGUACAAACACUACCGCCAGGAACAUCCGGAGAGCAGGUCCAGCCUGGAUUUCAUCACCACCCGCUUAAAGGAAGGUCACGCGAGCUCUCAUUUGAAGAAGAACAGUCGGAUCAAACGAGAGCCAGACGAAAGCCACGCCGGCGGGCAGAGCGAGACCAAGACGUACUCGUGCCGAGCGUGUUCUUUCAAAGGGAGCUCGGUGAUUACGAUUCGGGAGCACUACCGUGCUGUGCACCCUUGGUGCCUGAAGGAAGACGGCGUGGUGCCCGGCGUGGACGGCCAAAAGAAGUCCAGCGGCAAGAACAAGGACGACGGGCAAGAAUCGUCCGGCAAAUCAGCGCCAAAGUCUCCGCUCCCGAAAGACGGCGAUUGCAAAGAGCCGGAACAUAGCGUGGAAGAAGAAACCCACAUGCACGUCUUCAAGUGUCUGUACUGCACCUACGUCAACACCAAGCAUCAGGGGGUCCUCACCCACUGCCAAAUGAGGCACCCGGCCCUUCAGUCCCGAGCCGACAGCCUCUACGUGGACGAGGCGCACUUUGACGACUGGAACCAGAAGCACGAGGGCCAGGAAGGAGACGCGUCACACUUCCGAGGCUACAUGUGUCAACUCUGCCCGCAGACCCACGAGACGGAAAAGAAGCUGAGGAGACACCACGAGCGGGACCACGGCGAGACCUCGCCGCCCGCCGUCGCCGCCGCCUCGGAUGAACAGAAAAUGCCCAAAAGCGCCACGUAUAAAAUCAAGAUGACACUUUUCAGGUGUCAGCAGUGCUCGUACAGCUGCAGCAACAAGAUGGCGUUUGGGCGACACAUGCGCUUGAAGCACAAAAGUCCCGCCUUUCAGGUGUGUCGCUACACUUGCGUCCUGUGCUCCAAUUCCUACUUCAAGAAGAAGCGUCUCGGCAGCCAUUACCAGAAUAAGCACGGCCAGGAGGCCUACCUGAAACACUUUUUGCCGCUCAUCGAGCAGACCCCCGACGACGCCCCCCCCCGACCCGAGGUCCAGGCCGCGAGCAAGAGCAAACGGCUCGUCUACAAGUGUCCGCUUUGCCCCUACGUCAACUCGCGCCCGCACGGCAUGGCCACGCACUGUCAGAUGAUGCAUCCCGACCUCCCCGUCCGGGUCAACGAGUUCGAGCGGGGCGAAGUGCUCAUCAGUAGCAACUACCAGGCGGGCACCAACAACAAGCGAGGCUACCUGUGCAGCUUGUGCGAGGCCAUUUGCAUGUCGCUCAAGAAACUCGCCAUCCACUGCUCCAAGAAGCACUCCGGAAGCGCCAAACAGGAAACGUCCCAAGACGGGAAUUCUCAGGCAUCGGCGGUCGAGGCCGAUCCCAAAACGCUUAAAAGGGUCGGCAACGCUUUGUACAGGUGCUCACUGUGUUCUUAUUCGUCGGUGAUCCGCAAACGCCUGGCGGCGCAUUACACCAACCGACACGGAAAGAAAGCCUUCCACAAACACUUUGUCCCGCUCUACCUACGCAAGGUCAAUAAAGUCCCGUCUUCCCCGGAAGCGCCCGAGAACGCCCCGGAAGGUGAGGAACUGCUCUACAAAUGCCAGUUGUGCGAGUACAGAACCUGGGCGCGCCGCUACCUGACGUAUCACUACAACAAGACCCACCAAUUAGACGUGGGAACGAGAGAUAGGCUGCUGAUGGCGUACAAUAAACGCAAAAGGCCCAUCCGUCACGAUUCUCCCCCAGACUGGGAGCUAAGUCCGCAAGAUGGCGAGCAGACGGCCGCCUCCACUCAAUGCAAAAAGUGCUCCGACUUGUCCUUUGACUCGCCCCAGCUCCUGCUCGCCCACUACUGCGCCAACCACGGCGUGGAACGCCGAAGAGAUUUUACCGUCAUCCACCCGGCGGGCCGCAACACGGGCGUUUAUCGCUGUAAUCGCUGUCGCAAGACCCUGAACGGGGUCAAGAAGCUGAGUCGCCAUCUGGAUCGGCACCGGGAGAAGAGCGCCACGAAGGUCAUGGCUAAAAAGACGACGGGGACGCCGCUCGAGAAGGUCAAAUCGAAUGCUUUGGACGCAACAGCGGAGGGUCUUCCGGGCUGUAGCGCGCCUCCAGAUCAAGAGUCCCCCCCUUUAACCCGCAUCAUCGCGACGUCUCCUCAGAAAGCCGGUGAGCACGAGCAAGCGGACGCCGCGUCGCUAAGCGAGAUUUACGCCUGCAGCCAGUGCCAGCGCACCUUCAAGUCACGCAACGGUGUGCGAACGCACGAGCGCAGCCACCAGGCGCUUGCGGCCAUCAAGAAGCUGCCGGCCUCACUCUCACAGCUCAAUUUGAACAAGUAUCUUCUCCACAAGCCUGGAACUAUCCGUCCUUUCCAGUGCUCCAUUUGCUUCUAUCGUACCAACCUGAUGGGCUUGUGGAACAACCAUUUGUUGAAAAAACAUCUUGAUAUCGUGAUUGAAACCUGUGACGACCAACAGGAGAAUAGCACGACGACUCAGAGCGCGGACGGCGAUGCUCCACAUUUAGGCUGCGGAGUCAUGAGUUGGGCCAAAACGAAUAAAGGAUGCACCAAAGACUGGUACCUGGAACCCCCGGAGGUGCAGCGUCAGCUGAGCCACUUCAGCCUGAUGGCUCAGAAGGGAGCUUCCGCCGCCAUGCCGGCAGCACGGCGGAUGGACGGCGGCGGCUACUUCCGCUGCGAGAACUGCUCCUUCUUUUGCGAGGAUAUGCCAAGCAUGCGGCGACAUUACCUCAGUCGACACGGCAGGAAGAUGUUCACCUGCAAGGACUGCGACUUCUUCACCGGCUUAAAACGAGCCAUGAGGGUGCACAUGGACACGGACCAUUCCACGUUCCAAAAAGGAGUUCCUCCGCCGGACUGCCUGCGCUGCCCCUUCUGCCUCUACCAGAGCAACAACAAGAACAACAUGAUCGACCACGUCCUGCUGCACCGCGAGGAGCGUGUCGUUCCCAUGGAGGUGCGGCGGCCCAAGCUGUCGCGUUACCUGCAAGGCGUGGUCUUCCGCUGCCACGUGUGCACCUAUGCCAGCGCCAGCGCCGACAACCUGCGCUCGCACAGCGCCAAGCACCAGCGCGUCAAGCCCUACCGAUGCCGCCUGUGCUACUUUGACUGCGCCAGGCUGGACGAGCUGGAGGCCCACCUGUGCGCAAAGCAUCAGGUGAUGAGGAACCAUGAGCUUGUGGGGCAGGUCAGCUUGGAGCAGCUGGAGAACGUGAAGCUCAACGAGAGACCGGAAUACGAGGAGACGCAGGCGGAGCAGAUGUCCAAUCCUGAGAACGCCCAAGAUGUUUCCCGCCACGUGAAGGAGACAGAUGGCGGGAAACCCACAGAGAAACUAAACUGUGACUUUGAGAGCAACCUCCGAGACAUGGCCGCUGUUAAACAGGAGCAUCAAAAUGAUGCUGCCCCACUUGAGUCCGAGGACGCCGAGAGCCGAGAAGAAAAAGUGGAGGAGGAGAAGGUGGAGUGGAGCCCCAAUAAAGACGAGGAAAAAGCCCACCUCUCAAAACUGCAGACACUGAACAACGAGGCACACGUGGAGAACGGCAUCCUGCGGCACACACUGGACCAGGAGAGCGGGACACCGAGUUCCUCGCACGGCGAACAACUACGCUCAGACAUUGCGGAAAGCUCGGGAAAUGUGGCCAAGAAGACUCUCAAGAGGGAAACCUUGGCCCCGCUUCUGGGCCACUCCUUGGAGACGUCCCAAGAUGACAAAGCCCACAAAAGGAAGAUCUGUGAAGGACUAAAAGAGGAAGAGAUGAAUGUAGAAGAAGGAAGAGACUGUGAAAACCAAAAGAAGCGGCUCAAGAUGGAGGAUACUUGCACACGGCAAGAUGGCGACAUGUCUGAGCUCAAAGGUGUCCACGUGACAUUCCCUUGCAACCUUUGCGGACGAAACCUCCAAAGCGAAGAAGAGCUGAAGCGCCACGCCUCUCGCCACGGAAUGUAGGCCACGAAUGGCAUAACACUACCAACAUAACUCAUUUUCUACAUUUUAGACAUUGUCUAAAGAAACGUGAUUUUUUUUUUUUUAAUGUUACACAGGUUUGUUUUGAUAGUUUAAAUAAAGCUUUGAAAAACAGCCAUUAAAUGUCUGACACUUGGUGUUUUUUCAUGUGAAAAACACUUAUAGAACAAUACUACUGUAUAAAAGAAAAAAAAAAACUAAUGUUAGAUUUUUGUUUACAUGGACAAAAACAAACAAACUAGUCAUAUGUUGCAUUCAUGUGGUGCACGACAUUGUGCCUUCCCGGUGUCUCGUCUUAAAACACAAAUGAUUUGUGUUCUUUUAUGACAUUUAUUUGGUUUUAUUUUAUCUGUUUUAUAUAUUUGGUCAUUGAAUAAAUUUAAAUGUUUUGUACAAUAAAAUUUUA